GACGGAGAAAAUAAUAACCACUUCAAGGCAAUGUGCUGCUCAACUAACAGUUUCAGUAAUACGAUUAAAUAUUAGAAACCACAUUGGAAGUAAUGCCUGCUAUGUUUGAGAACCUUGGAUGGAAGAAUAUUGAAGGAAUCAAUGUAAUGAAUAUUAUGCAACUUGAUGAUCCUAUAAUGGUUGUAUCAGUAUAUACCAAAACAGUGCUUAUACUGGUUGCAAUACAAAUAUCAGUAUCAUUUGUCAUCAUAAUGCUCUCGUCAUUACUUAGCAAGAUGAUACUUCAAAAUGGUGGGGGAUGGAUAACAUCCAUUUCUGCUGGUAUAUUAAUUUUGAUAGCAUUUGUGAUAGCUUUGGUAAUGGCUUUCGUGAAGAAGAUAAAUGAGAAAUAUCCACUGAAUGUGGCGCUUGUAAUUAUUUAUUCUAUCUGCAUGGUAACAGCAUUAGGAGUUUGGAAUACACAGUUAAAUCCUCUAGUGAAACUUGCAGUCUUUGGAAUCAGUUUGGUAUUAUUCACAUUUGGAAUACUGAUUGGUGCAGCGAUUAAAACAGAUUUGACGGAUCACUUAAUGAGCAUUCUAAUAUCAUUUUCAUUUAUAUCUGUUGUCAUUGUGUUAGUCGCGGUCGUGCUGAGUUUUUGGAAACAGUACAAGGUAUUAUAGUGAACUGAAUUAUUUGAUUUCUAAAUGACGUGAUCCUGAUUGAAUCUAGUUUACUCUCUCAACAAUGCGAAUGUUCACCAUCAUAUACUUUGAUAGUUAUAAACUCGAAACUGUUCACUGUCAUCUAGUUACUAAAUAACCAACAUCUGUGAACAUUUAAAUCCUGAAUGAAAUCGAUCAAAAGUCCAAAGUGUUAUGUUAGAUGAACUUGUAAAUUUAGAUGAUAUGCAGGGUAUUCAGUUGGUAUGAUUAAUAUAAUCUUGUGCUGUGGUCCUGUACUUUAGAUAGAAUACCCGUCAGUUCGGUCGCCAUGUCAACCAGAUUAUCAAAGUGGCAAUAAACGUUGAUAUUGUAUAAGAGUGAAGUGUUGUUUAGGAAGAGAAUAAAGAUCAAAUCCAUAAAUGAUUCUGUCCAGUAGUGGGUAAAUUGCAAUGUUUCAUAGAUGGAUAUCCUGUUGCAAUGAAUGCAUGUCUCUAAUAUGCCAGGUAGUCAUGUUUGAACGAUUGAGUAUCUUCACUUUCGUAUCACAAAUAAAUACUACGUUCAUUUUGAAGAAUGUUCUUUGAUCAUGUCAUUCUGAUAUAACAAUGAACGUAACGGGCCUACUUGAACACACAGUUUACAUACUAGAAUGAAUAAAUAGGCAUUUGAAGAAAUGUAUCAGAACGAGAGAGUUUCACAACAGCUUUCCCUCAACUAAUAUAUGUUACAUGUUUAUACGAAAUACACUAAUUAGAGGAAUAUGCGCUUCAUAGCACCCACAUUAGCAUACUGGUAAGCGUUUUUUUAGCGAGUUAGUUUUCUACGUGAUAGAGACAGAAACCUCAUGCCCAACCCUCCUCCUUUAUCCGGGCUUGGGACCGGCAGUAUCCCCUUGAGAAACUCCAGGCGGAGUUUCCCACAUUAGCGUCGGUGCUGUAAACGUUUCUGUCAUAUUAAUAAAAACACAACAUCCAUCCUAGACAUCAGUAAUCCAUUCACAUUCAUUUCAAUCCAAAAUUUAAGACAGACCCAUUAUUCAAGCUGGUAUAGAACGAAUUACGGCUUCAAUAUAUGCAGAUAUGUCCUGCUUUCCACAAGGUAAAAUGAAGAGAGGUGAAUCGGAUUUACCUAAUCCAACAUGAGAUAAACGUGAUUAAAUUUUCUUAUCUUCCAGAUGUACACACUGACUCAAUCCUAUAUAGUCAUGUUUGAGUAUUGUUCAAUGUAAAUGUAAUGUUGAAUUGUUGAAAUGAAUUCACUGAAUCAUCUUCUUGUUUUCAGUAUUAUACGAUCGGUGUUUUCAUAGGUGCACAAAUAUUAUUGUUCAUUGUGAGUUAAAUUGAUGUAGAUUUUUUGUUGAUAUAAUGAUCACUCUGAAGUAGAAGUGAACUGUUUGUCUAAAACGAAUUCUAUAUUGCCUUAUUGAGGUCUCUACUGAAAAUGACUUACACAUGAUAUGGUUCAAUGUGAACAGACAUCGAUAUUCUGAGUGAUAUGUGAUUCUGGUGGGAGAUAUGUAUGUAGCUCAGAUGAUGUAUGAAGUGUUGGGAAACAUUCAUUGACCGAUAGAAGUUAGACAUCUACACCGUUACAAACCGUGUCAGUGUAAUAUAGAUCAAGUAUUCGCGAGCAAGGCCUAUUAUCGUGGGUUCGUAUGGCGCAUGUGUGAUUGUGGAUACGCAUUGCUGAGGAGUGCAACAAUAGGGCAAAACUGUUUUUCAGUGGUGGUCUGACAUUAUUCGUUUAUUGAUCUCGAUCGAAAUGUACGGCGUAAAUACUUCAGAUUUUUCCGAUCAACUCCGUAUUCUCAUUACUCUAUGGAAACUUAUAAAAAAGGACCAAUCGCUUUAAAUUUCAACGUGGUUCAACGGUCGUAAGUAUAUACAUCACAGAGUUCGGUUCACUCUUUAACUGAAAUCUUGAUAGCAACUUGCUUGGGCGAUGUGAUGAAAUUUCAAUCCACUUGAUAUUGCACAAGCAAAUGACUGUUAGGACUCAGUAGCUAAAUAGAUAACGCGAUGCCUCUUCAACAGUGCUCAUCUACGAUCCCAAACACAGGACUCCAACCUGGGACUUAUGAUCCCAUACGCGAUUACUUAACUACUAGAUAACUGAGGCCGCAUGAUCAUUGCUGUGUACUAUGAAGAGUUCCAUAUUGUGAUAAAAGUACGUCUAGUGUUUCUAGGAUUUCAAUGAUGCAUCUAAUUUAGAUCGACUCGUCAAGUCAACCAUUCACAUUACUACAAUCUUCAUACUGGCCAAUGUGUUAUUUAUUUUACAGUUGACAAUAUUUCUGAGUUAUUUAACUGUUGGCAAAUCAAGAUAUCUUCUCUUAUAUCCAAAUUAUGCAUUGGCAUCUAUAUUAUUAUAUAACGUAUUCUUUUCGACAUUAUCAAUCAAUACGGGUAUCAUAAAUGCCAACAAUACCAAUAGUUCUAUAUUCUUGUUCCAAAUAACAGAACAUUGAAUUUGAACACUAGAUUGAAGACAUUUUUCUGAAUUUUUUUUUUGUUGUUGUUGAUUUAAUAUCGGAUGAACCAAAAUCUUGUUUGUGUUUGUGCAACCUGAUUACAUGUGUUUAUUUUUGUUCUAAUUUAUUACAAUGUAACGUAUAUAAAGUGAUUUCAUUAAUUGUUAUCCAUCUUCAAUGUUGAUUAGUUUUCUCACUUAAGGAUCAUUUUGAAUAGAAUAGUUAUCAUACAUGAGAUGGUUUCCCUCUAUUACGUAAUCAAGAAGUGUACUAACAUGUUACAUGACAGUUCUGUGUAAUGUUCGCAAAAUAUGUCCAAUUGUGAAGUAG